AUGAACUUAAGUCAGGUAGGUUUUAAUGAUGAAGAUAUUCUAGAUGAAGAACAGUUUUAUGAAAGAAGGUUAUUGCCUUUAGCAGCGUCUACGCCCCAAGAUAGUGGAGAGGAAAGUUAUAAUGAAGCAAAACGGCCUGAACUUGAGGGUGACGCAAGUAUAUCAUCUCAAUCACUAGGAGCUACAGCUACUGAAGUUUUGGAUAGAAUUGCGAAACAAAAAACAUCAACUCACCGUGGCUUUGAUGUCUGGGAACAACUUAUGGAACAGCGGGACUCAUCUCACCCAUAUCGCUCCGGUGACUUAAGUCGGUCCCAAUUGCUUCUUAGGGAUGAUGAAAUUCCCAGUGUCGAAUAUCCGAGAGGGAAACCCGAACCCAGUAGGACAUCAAGUUAUCGACAUUCACAAUCUUUAGCACCUGUUAGACUAUCAAGUAUUGCAACUGCUUACCAAGAACCUGGCCAAGACUUAAUGGAUCUACCUCCUGAAACUGAAGAAUCAAUUCGAGAUAAAACUCGUUCAAGAUCUGGAGAACCUCCACCAGAUAGUGAAGAGGACGAUAGGCAAAGAAAUCUCCAGCAGGGUGACGCAAAACCUGGCCAAGACUUAAUGGAUCUACCUCCUGAAACUGAAGAAUCAAUUCGAGAUAAAACUCGUUCAAGAUCUGGAGAACCUCCACCAGAUAGUGAAGAGGACGAUAGGCAAAGAAAUCUCCAGCAGGGUGACGCAAGUAUAUCAUCUAAAUCAAGGUCUGGAGAAACUUCACAAGGAGCUGCAGCUACUGAAACUUUGGAUAGAAUUGCGAAACAAAAAGCAUCAACUCACCAUGGCCUUGAUGUCUGGGAACAACUUAUGGAACAGCGGGACUCAUCUCACCCAUAUCGCUCCGGUGACUUAAGUCGGUCCCAAUUGCUUUUUAGGGAGGAUGAAAUUCCCAGUGUCGAAUAUUCCAGAGGGCAACCCGAACUCAGUAGGACAUCAAGUUAUCGACAUUCACAAUCUUUAGCACCUGGUAGAUUAUCAAGUAUUUCAUCUGUUUACGAAGAACCUGGCCAAGACUUAAUGGAUCUACCUCCUGAAACUGAAGAAUCAAUUCGAGAUAAAACUCGUUCAAGAUCUGGAGAACCUCCACCAGAUAGUGGAGAGGACGAUAGGCAAAGAAAUCUCCAGCAGGGUGACGCAAGUAGGACAUCAAGUUAUCGACAUUCACAAUCUUUAACACCUGUUAGACUAUCAAGUGUUUCAUCUGAAGAACCUGGCCAAGACUUAAUGGAUCUACCUCCUGAAAUUAAAGAAUCAAUUCGAGAUGAAACUCGUUCAAGAUCUGGAGAACUUCUACCAGGAGCUACAGCUAGCGUGUCACCAGUUAAAUAUGAUGAGCAGAUGAGCGUUAUUGAAGGAGAGAUGGAUAGACUGAAUGAAAUGAGGAGCGUUAUUGAAGAAGAGAUCGAUAUACUGGAUGAAAGAAGGAGUAUUACUGAAAAAACGAUUGAUAGACUGGAUGAAGAGAGGAGCGUUACUGAAGAAGAGAUCGAUAGACUGGAUGAAGUGAGGAGCGCUAUUGGAACAGAAAUCGACAGACUGGAUGAAAUAAGGAGUGUUACUGAAGAAGAUUUCGAAAUAAUGGAUGAAAUGAGGAGCUUUACUUUAUUAUUUAAUUGUUCUCUGAAAAACGACUUCUUAGUCUUCUUCAAUGUAGAACAACAGAAAAAGGUAAAUGGUAGCAUUCAUCAUGUUGUUGACACUUAG